AAAAGGAAGCAGACAGCUUCUGGUCAGUUGUCAUCAGUUCAUUCAGUUUUAGUUGAACCAUGGUUCCCAGUCAUGACAAGACAAAGACUUCAUGAAACCGUUCUCAUCAUACUGCCAUUCCUAAGUUUAUCAUGUACACAAAACCCCAAACAAGAUACCCAUAUUCAGAGUGCAGACGUGGAUAUGUUAGACACAGUUCUGGAGACUUACUGGGAAACACACAGCCUUCGGCCAGAAGGAUACAAUCACCACAGAAACACACGAGAAUGUCAGCACGUCAAAUACGGCAAUAUGACAUCAUCAACAGUGGUAGCAAGGGAUUUUCACGACAAAGAUCUUCAACUUCCUUUGUUUGAGUCGCGUUUUACAUUUGAAGACAUUGGACCUUUCUAUAACAGUAAAAAUGUAUUUAUUCAUUAUACUGUAGUGAAUAACCCGUUAAAGACUCUGUCAGUACUGGAACCAUUAACACAAGGAGGUUGUCAUGAUGGUAACACAGGUGAUAGAGCUACUGUAACCAAGAGUGCAGAACAGAUGAACUGUAUGGUAGCAAUCAAUGCAGGACUUUUUAAUACAACAUCAGGAUCAUGUCUUGGUAAUGUUGUAAGCAAUGGAAGGUUGAUACAGGAUUCUGGGGGAAUACAAAAUGCCCAUUUUGGAAUUAAAGCUAAUGGUGAAAUCUUUUUUGGGUACUUGUCUGAGAUAGACCUGGUCGCAGAUGAUUUUCUCCAGUUGGUUGGAGGUGUGAUCUGGCUUGUCCGCAAUGGAGAAGUUUAUGUCCGGGAAAGUCUAAAUAUAGAAUGUGCAGAUAUGCAGGAAACAGGGUCUUUGGAGACAUUCACAAACAUAGUGUCGGCGAGGACAGCUGUUGGUGUGGACAGACAGGGACGGGUCCUGCUGAUACAGGUGGACGGCAAGUCCUACAGCAGAGGAGUAAGUCUGGAAGAGUUUGCCAGACUGUUGUUGAGGUACGACAUAGUUGACGCUAUAAAUCUUGAUGGAGGAGGAUCAUCUACAUACAUCAUUAAUGGGACAGUUGUCAACUACCCUUCAGACAAGUGUGCGGAUGAUUCCAGGUUCCAUUGUGCAAGAAAAGUAUCUACCAUUCUGUGUGUCCAUGAAGUGCAGUGUGUUCCCACAGAUUGCUCGGGUCACGGAAAAUGCAAUAUGGGAAGGUGUGAGUGUGACGUCUUAUGGAAUGGUACAGCUUGUAACACGCUGCAGUGUUUCAAUGCCUGUUCAUCUCAAGGAAUUUGUACCAAAGAUGGAUGUAUAUGUGAACCGGGUUGGCAUGGAGAUGACUGCAGUCAGCCAUGUUUGCCGGGGCACUAUGGGAAAGGUUGUAUCCAUGAGUGUAUGUGUCUACAUGGAGCCAGCUGUAGCCCUAUAGAUGGAACAUGUGACUGUCCACCCGGAAAAACAGGUGCGGCAUGUGACCAAGAUUGCCCGUUUGGUUACUAUGGUAAACACUGUAAUCAGUUGUGUAUGUGCCAAGAUGGCUGCCCAUGUCACUCCUUAACAGGAAGCUGUAACUUUACCGACCUUGACCAGACGUUGUCUCUAGCUGGACAGUGUUACGCCAAGAACACCAUUAAAGAGAGACAGCUAGUCCCAGAUCAGUCCGAGGACUACAGGCUAAUGCAGAUGGGCUUUGUGGGUCUAGGAUUGGUGGCCUCCAUCAGUGCUGUGCUGAAUAUAGUGCUUGCGUACAAACUGUUCACGAAGACGAAGACAAAGCAGACAACGAAGUACAAACCUCCGCAAUCCUCCAACUCUAGUCACAUGUUCAUGUUUCAGGGUGUGUCUACCUCCGACGAUGAACUCUCAUCAAUCAGCGAACACUCUAGGGCCGAAACCUCCUUCAGUUAUAGCAAUAAAAUAAAAGAUGAUGACUCGAAGGAUUUGAGUUUAUUUCCAAAAGACGAUAGGUAGCAUUACAUCUAAGUUGAAUAGAAAAACAGUGUUUUGUUACGUUAUUGUUGUUAAAACGUUUUUGUUAUGAUUUUAAGGAAAUUGUUUGGUGACUUUUGGGACCAUAUGAGGUGUACAUAUUUUAACAGGUUAUUCUAGACAAUUACAUAAAAUCUUUAAUAUUUCUAUUUUUUUGUCAGAGUUAUUGCCCUUUUUAGCUCACCUGGCACGAAGU